CAGUGCAGUAGGCAACUCUACACUGUUCCGUUUCCUCUAACCGCUCAAAACGAUUUUGAAGUUUAGUUUCGGCAUUGCUAGCAUCAAUCGUCGACACAAUCACUACUAUGUCGUAUCAACAACCGCAAAGUGGGAAAAUGUCCGAGAGACAGAGGGAUUUCCUCAUAGCAUUUUUAGAACAAAAUCCGAAGUUGGCGACGAACCAACUAGAUGCAUAUUACACAAGGGAGGUCUCCAACAAAAAGUGGGAAGAGGCCACCAUUAAGCUAAAUAGCCUUGGAGGAGCAUUCAAAACAGUCAAACAGUGGAAAAGGACAUGGACUGAUCUAAAAGUAGCCAGCAAGAAAAAGGCAGCCAACAUGAGAAAGAAUAGUUUGAAAACUGGUGGAGGGCCAGUUUCAUCAUCCUCCGAAGACGAUGAAGAUCAAACAGCUAUGCCUGUGACUAGCAAAGAGCCUGCAGCCUCGAUGCCAGCGACCGAGAGGGUGCUUUCACUUCUUGGUAAAACUGCUGUGGAAGGAAUCAGAGGGAUAAUGGAAAUAGGGAUAGAUGCACCACAGUAUGCAGAGAGUGACUAUGAAGAUGACCCCCUCCCUCCCCCGCCAAAAAGACCUAAUCUUAGGGAUGGAGAUUCUCAUCUAAACUCAAAGAGGAAGGUUGUGGGAGAGUGGGUGGAAAAUUCUAAGAAAAAGGCGGAAGCAAUGCAGAGCAUUGCUUCUGCCCUUAAUCACAUACCAAGCGUUGCUUCUGCCCUCAACAAUAUCGCCAAUCAAAUUGGGAGAUUGGCAGACUGCUUCGACACAUACAACAAAGCUACAAUUUAAUUAGGAAUACUUAGGAAUAAUUAGGAAUUAGGAUAAUAUCUUAACAAGUAGCGUGUUAUCUUGGUCAAGUCUCGAAAUUUCGGGAAAUUUUAAAUCUCGUUACACGAGACGAGAUUUCUUUUUGGCCGAGAUUUUUAUCGAGACGAGAAUAAAAAAAAAAAAAAAAAAAAUUAAAAACGCCUGCAGAAAGUCAAUGCAAUACCCGCAAUACAGGAGCGUGUUGUAGUUGCGUUUCCUUUGCGAAGGCGUUCUUAUUUAAUUAAUUCUUUAAAUGUAAAUAUUACUUUAAUUAUUUUAAUAAUAUUACUUUAAUAACAUUUGAGAAGUUUUGUUAAGUGUAAGCAGUGUGAGGAAUGUUUUAUUACUAUAAAAAGUCAAAACAAGUAACUAUUUUAUAAAAACUAAUAUUGAUUUUAUUUUAUGAUUUAUUUCAUUUUAGAAUAAGUUGAACUCUAUCCUAACUGAUAUCAGUUUCCUAAUCGUAGGCAUUUUUAAUAAGUUAAGCGUGAUUGAUAAAAAAAAUGUUAUGCUGAUGUUUUUUAAUAAAAGAUUGUAAAUAUUCUUGCCUAUUAUCAUUAUUUUUGUAUUUAAACAGUCAUCUAACAAUGUUACAAAAUCAGGUAAAAAUUUUGAACGUGCAUUUCCCGUUGUGUAUGAGAAGGGAAAUCCCGUCUCGAUCUCGUCUCGAACUAAAAAUCCAAUCUCGUCCAUCCCUAAAUUUAAUGCAAUUGAAUUUUCUGGACAC